AAGCUGAUCUUUAUCGAAGAUUUAAACAAGUUAUUUCAGCUUUGAUUGGUUCCAUUUUUAGCAGAACCAUAAUAAAAAGAUUUGUGCUUGAAAUUUUUUAUGUUCAGAACAAAUAUCAAGUCGCAGCUUCGUCGACGAUUCAGAAUUCCGACCACCACUCACCGGAAUUACUCCAUACUUUCUUCAGACCAUCAACACGAAACCCUAAUUCACCUCUUACAAUCAUGCGAGCAAAUCUCUCAAACUAUUCAGAUUCAUGGAUUAAUGGUCAAAACCGGUCUCGACCACAUUCCAUUCCCACUGAGCAAACUCCUCGCACACCUCUGCACGCAAGAUAUCCACUACGCAGCCUCCGUUUUCAAACAGAUAAAAACCCCAAAUCUUUUCAUGUUCAAUACAAUGCUCAGAGGUUACUCCGGCGCCGAUGAUCCGCAAAAGGGUCUGGUUUUAUUCAAUCGCAUGAGGGCUCAAAACCACGUACAGGAUUUCUCGCUCGAUCGGUUCACUUUUAUUUCGGUUCUGAAAUCAUGUUCUCGUUUGUUGGAUGUUUGGACUGGGCUAGGGGUUCAUACGAUUGUUCUCAAAUCCGGGUUUGAUUUGUUUCUGAAUGUCAAGAAUGCACUCUUGCAUUUGUACUGUAUUUGUGGCAGGAUUCGAGAUGCCCACCACCUGUUCGAUGAAUUGGGUGAGAGAACGGACUUGGUCUCGUGGAACACGUUAAUGGGGGGAUACCUUUUCGUGUCUCGAUACGAUUUCGUUGUAGAAUUGUUCAAGAAAUUGCACAGAGAAGGCGUUGUUAUCAGCGUGACGACAAUUCUCAAUGUUUUGUCAGCUUUGGGAGAAACAAGAAACACUUCACUCGGAGAGUGUCUCCAUGUCUUUUCCUUCAAGAUUGGAUUUUUCUCGAAUUUAAACGUAGUCACUGCUUUAGUUUCCAUGUACGGCAAACAGGGUCGCAUUCAUUCUGCUCGUAAAAUCUUCGACGAAAUUACCGUAAAAAAAGACAUCAUCUUGUGGAACUGUCUAAUCGAUGGAUACGCUAAAACCGGUCUUCUAGAAGAAGCAAUGGAGUUGCUAACAUCAAUGAAGCACCAUAGCAUAAAGCCUAAUUCAUCCACAUUGGCCGGUUUGCUCUCUGCUUGCUCCGCCACUGGUGCUCUAUCAAUCAGCCAAUACGUACACGAUUACAUAAACGAGCACCGUUUACCAUUUGAUGUAGUUCUUGGAACCGCAUUAGUAGAUAUGUACGCCAAAAAAGGGUUUCUUGAUAAAGCAGUCGAAGUUUUCAACGCUAUGAAGUGCAAAGACGUGACAACUUGGACAACCAUGAUUUCGGGUUACGGUCUAAACGGGCAAGCAAAUUGUGCAAUCUCGAUUUUCGAUAAAAUGGAGGACGAGGGUUUUGUGCCUAACGAGGUGACCUUUUUGGCGGUUCUCAACUCUUGUAGCCACGGGGGUUUGGUGGAUGAGGGGGUUGGAUCUUUCAAGAGAAUGGUGGGAGUGUAUAAACUGAAGCCCGAGAUUGAACAUUAUGGUUGCUUGAUCGAUCUAUUGGGUCGAGUCGGGUUAUUGGAGGAAGCCCAUGGGGUGAUCGAGGGUUUGCCCAUCGAGAGGGAUGCUACUGCUUGGCGUGCAUUGCUCGGCGCGUGUAGGGUUUAUGGGAAUGUUGAUUUGGCGGAGCGUGUGAAACGGGAGUUGGAGGAGAUUGAUGAAGAACAUCCGGCCGAUUUGCUCGCUCUUACGAGUACUUAUGCUGUGGCUGGGGCGCUGCCACGUGGCGGUUGUUCACUGGAGAGGGAGAGCCACUUGGUAAAAGAAAUGGAUUUUGAAAAAUCUGCUCCUAAGAAGGAAGCUGGAAGCAGUAGAAUUGAGUUAGGAUGAUUACUUCUAAUAAACUUAGAAAUUAGUCUAUUGUAGCACGAUUCGUUUUUCGUAUUUACAGGCAAUAAUAAUUUUGUAUGCUUUCGAUGCCAAUUCAAAUGUAUAAUAUGUUAUCGAAGGGAUAUAUUAUUGAUACAACGAACUUGAAAAUAA